UAACAUAUACAAGUCUGUCUUUGUAACAUGUUAGCAGAUGGAGCUAUUAAAGUUCAGCAUAAUGAUUCGACGGAAAUAGCCUUCAUCUGAUUUCUAAAGCUCGGGUGGAAAUAAAACUUAUUUAAGCCAAAUCAUUUUUCUAAAAAAAAGGAAUGUUUCUAAUUCGGUACAACCAAGAACAAAAGGCAAUAAAUCAGGAACCCUGCCCCCACCCGAUUUGGUUGUGGAAAAUAUUCCGAGCUGGUCUGUGAGAGUAUGUUAGUGUGAGAUUGGUUUCAGAAGGCUGACAGUAAAGGUGCAGAGAUGGCCGGCCCGGAAUGAAAUCCUUUCUCAUGUACUGUACACAUGAAAGCUCUGGCACACGAAGCCAGACAGGAGAUGGCAUGUUAGGGAGUGGAACAUACCAACAGUACAACCAACAGAGGGGAACACAUCAGCAGGAGCUUGGAAAAUGCACCAAUGAGUUCACCCGGCACAAAUGUAUGCGGGACUCCGAGCAGGGGAAAGGAGGAGAAACCACACGAUAUGACUAGUCUUCGUGUCUUUCCUGAAAGUGUUUGAAAACACACGUGAGCAGCAGCUUCCCCCCGGUUCUGUCCAACAUAUGUCUAAACACACCCGUAGACCGCAUGUGUUCUGUUCCUACUGGACUAUCAAAGAUGUGGCUGUGAAGUUUGCAGCAGCUCCUGUAACUGUUCCUUUCCUGAAUUCAGUGACCGAAUACCGAAAGUGCUGAGGAGCUGCAGUGAGUGUUAUGACACAUCCAGAGCUGUCCUCUCUCUUGCAAGUGCGUGAUGAAGAGGAUUUGCAUGUUGCUGUAGCACACUACAGCCUAAUGCUCUGACUUGUAAUUUGAAAGAACCCUGGGGUACCUGGGAGAAACCUCUUACAGCCUACUUGGCGUGAUGAGCAAGUUCACCUUUCAGAACAACAAAGUGAUGCAGGACCGCCGGAGUGUUUGUGUCUUCCUUCCAAAUGAUGAAGCUCUCAACAUUAUUGUGAAUGUUAAAGCCUUGUGCCAAGAAUUAUUCGUUCAAGUCUGUGACCUUCUACGGCUGAAAGACUGUCAUCUUUUUGGGCUAAGUGUCAUACAAAACAAUGAACAUGUUUAUAUGGAACAGAUGCAGAAGCUCUGCAAGUAUUGUCCAAAGGAAUGGAAGAAGGAAGUAAGCAAAGGCAUUGACCAGUUUGGUCCACCUAUGAUUAUUCAUUUCAGGGUACAGUACUACGUGGAGAAUGGGCGAUUAAUUGGUGAUAGAGCAGCUAGAUACUAUUACUACUGGCACUUGCGGAAACAGGUUCUCCAGUCCCAGUGCAUGCUACAUGAGGAAGCCUAUUUUCUACUUGCUGCCUAUGCUUUACAAGCAGACCUUGGCAACUACAAAAGGCACAAGCACUAUGGGAAAUACUUUGAGCCAGAAGCCUACUUUCCUCCUUGGGUGGUUACCAAACGAGGAAAGGAAUACAUUUUGAAACACAUUCCAAAUAUGCACAAGGACCAGUAUGCACUUACAGCCUCAGAAGCACAUCUCAAAUACAUCAAGGAGGCUGUCCAGUUAGAUGAUGUGGCCGUUCAUUAUUAUAGGCUAUAUAAGGAUAAAAGGGAAAUUGAUGCUUCACUGAUGUUGGGCUUGACUCUUCAAGGACUUCAGAUAUUUCAGGUUGUGGGAGAAUCUAAACAAUUGUUGUAUGAUUUUCCUUGGACCAAUGUUGGCAAGCUUGUGUUUGUGGGAAAGAAGUUUGAGAUUCUGCCGGAUGGCUUGCCUUCAGCUAGAAAACUUAUUUACUACACGGGCUGUCCUUUGCGCUCAAGACACCUACUCCAACUACUCAGUAACAGCCAUCGUCUCUAUAUGAACCUGCAGCCAGUCCUGCGACAAGUCAGGAAGCUGGAAGAGAAUGAAGAAAAAAAGCAGUAUAGAGAAUCUUACAUCAGCGACACAAUGGAAUUGGAUAUUGAGCAAUUGGAGAAGCGAUCGCGAGCCAGUGGCAGCAGUGCAGGCAGCAUGAAGCAUAAACGUCUUUCCAGGCAUUCCACAGCCAGCCACAGCAGCUCCCACACUUCAGGCAUUGAGGCAGACACCAAACAAAGGGACCUUGGACCAGAGGACAGUUUCAGUGGAAACAUCCUUCAUAGGAAACUCAAAUCCUGCAACUCAAUGACCAGCCACGGGAGCUCUCACACCUCAGGCAUUGAAAGCGGUGGGAAAGACAGAAUAGAGGAUGACUCACAGGAUGAUGAAAUAGAAAUGCUGGUUGAUGAUCCCAAGGACUUGGAGCAAGUGCAUGAUCUGGCCCCAGAAGUCAAUCCUGACAUGUGUAUUCACAUCACUGAGGAGAUGCUGAUGUCAAGGCAGCUGAAUGGACAUGCGGGGUUGAUCGUACGGGAGCUGAGUUCUUCCACUUCCAGUUCUUCUGAAACAGUAGUGAGACUUUACGGCCAAAGUGUGGAUUCAUUACCACAGCCUGUGUGCAGAAAACCAAAGACCUCCACAGACCGGCAUAGCCAAAGCUUGGAUGAUAUUCGUCUUUAUCAGAAGGACUUUAUGGAGGUAGCCAACCUUUGUCAAGACGUUGCUCAGAGCUACACGUUUGGCUGUGCUCAUGAUCUGAAUGAGGAAAGUAAUUGCUGUAACCGGUGCUUGGCAGAGCAAUACAAUGCAACAAAGGAAACCUUUAUUGUCAAACGAACAAGUAAAUAUUCAUCUUUGGACCUUACAGCUGAUGACUCUGUUCCUGAAUUUGUGGUUUGAAUGUUGAAUUUUUACUAUGCAUUAGUGAUGUGUACUGUAAGUCUGGCUGCCUACUGCAUUCCAAUGACCUUCCAAAUCGACUGCCUACACUUCUCUGUUGAGUUGAAAGACUUUUUGUUUCAAUCAUCCAACGAACAGUUAGUUUAUAUUCUGCAGUUCUUCCAUAUUUCUGAACAUAAACAACUUAGAAAGCAAUGGAUGCCAAGAAGCCAAAGAAACAUGUUAACAGGAGUCUAAAACAAUGAUAAGAAGAUGUAUAUUUUUGAGAGUCAACGAAAGUUCAGUUACAGCAAGACAGUCAGAAUUCUUUGCACAUUGACUCUUCUGUGGAAAGUUAGAUCCACGGUGUUUGGAGUAUUACAAUUCAGUAUUACACAAACAAAGAACUUUCUAAAAAAAACUUGUCUUUUUUAUCAAGCAAAUGUUACAUAGUAAAUCCUUAGGGUUUUUAACACAUGUGUUAGUGGCACCAUUACUAUGUUGUUGAGCAACUUCUUGAAAAUAUUUCAGUUAAAGGUGUAGACUUGACCUUGGUACUGUGAACCUUGCAGUGUUGUGCUAUUCUGUUUUAUUCUUGUACCUUUUUAGGUGCCUUUAUUUUACUUGUUGUCAGAUGUAUAUGAGUGCAGUGACAAUCAGAAUCUUUUCUCUAGCUGCAAACUUUCGUCUCCACCCAUAAUAGACACAAAAAAGAAAAUUACUUUAUUGUGGGAAAUGAUUUGUCUUCUAUAUAGACACACAAUCAUAUUGGGGAUGGAAUCUAAAUUUGUUUUAUGUGAGGUGUGGGAUUGUUGGUCAAUUUGAAUAUUUUUGCAGUUAGCUGGUAAAUUCCACUGAUUUUUGAAGAUGGGUGAAAUCUGCCGCUAUGUACCAGGAGAUGACUGCAAAUGUGUGAGUUGAGAAAUAGAGUCAGUUAUAGUUUGCUGGUGGGUCAAUGAAAGUACGAAUGAGUGGGUAGCCCAAUUGGCCUUUGAGUUCCAGUGUACCAAGGGACAAAUUCAAGUUGAGUACUUUUGAAUUCCAGUACAUUUGUAUUCAAAGACAUGCUAUUUAUUUAUAUGCAGUUACUCAAUGCGUAUGAUUCUAAAUUCACAUUUCUGUUUAAUUUGCUGUCAGAUUGGUUUGAUAACUAUAGUUUGCAUUGAUUUUCAUUCUAAAUUCCAGUGUUGUACGAGUGUAAAUAUGACACAAACCAGCACAAGUCAAGCAAAUUUUUUUCAGUAAUCAUAGUCAAAGAAUGAUAAUGUCCCAUAUACAUGAAAAGGUUCCCCGCUGCAGGACAAAGGUUGUAAUAGCAGAUCACUAAACAGCUGUUGGGAUCCAUCAAGCUUUACUCAUAGUAUGAGUAUAAUAGAUAACAAGGAAAUUAAUAGACCACAUUAAAGGAAUUUCAUUUUUAAUUUCAUUAAGACCGUGUCAUUUACAUUGUGGCUGAUAUACAAAUUAGCUUUAAGAUGAACUAGCUUUGUUGCUAAAUGGCUAAAUUUUCAAGCUAAUACAUAGUAUUUUACAAUACAUUAUUGAUGGCAAUAUUUUAACAUUUAGCAGCAUUUUUGCAACUGGAAGUUUCUUAAAUAUUUUUUGAUAUGAAACAUGUUUCUAUGGUAUUUUUAUAUAACUGAUAUUUUUACAUAAAAUUAUAUUAAUCAAGUAGUUGUCAAGUGCAGUGCAAUUUUUAGCAGUAUUAUGGCAGUUAGCAGUACUGGAGGCAGUAUUAUAAACUGAUAAUUUCAGUAGAUUGAUAUUUGUAAAUAAAUAUUUUGUUUGGAUAAGUAAGUUGGUUGGCCUUGUGAAAACAUUGGAUUACUCUAUCCCUUCCCCACAUAAGCACAUUAAUGACGGUUACUUCAUAAAGGAUCAAGGUACAUUUUUAAUUGUGAUUCAAUAAAGAUGAAUCAACUAUUUCCAGUCACAGAAGGCACUAAUCACAGUGUAUUGGGUUCAAUAACAAGGUAGGCAUAGUUUGGGGUUUAAUCGGACUAUGUAGAUGUUUUUAAUACUGUGCAACCUUAAAACCUCCUUCUAAUGAGAUUACUAAGCUAAUGAUUGAAUAAUAACAAACAUUGUUUCAUUACAUUCAUGAAAUGUGGGGCAUCAUCGGCUAGGCCAGUGUUUUUUUGACCCUAUCCCUAAUUACCCUGGAGAAGGCAGAAAUUAUCAGUAAACAUUAUUUGUAAAUAUAUCACAUUCUUUUGGGUAUUCCAGUUUAGUUUGAAGCUGUAGUUGCGGUCUAAAAAUGCAUCAAGAAUUUUAAAAUUUGUUGAAUUCUCAAUACUUAUUACUGAAGAAUGUAUUGGCAAUUUAGCCAUAUUGGUAAAAAAAUCCUUUGUUAAUUGACCAUAUCAUUUUAAAUGGAGGCUUAAUCAUAUACCUACAUCAGAUUUUUGAAAUAGCAGAAUUCCAUGUUAGUUAUAUGAGGGAUACAAAAGAGACUGGUUAUCCACAGGUUAAGCUUGUAAUUAAAGUCAACGUGGCACAGAUUUUGUCCCAUAUUAUUACUCGUAAGACCAGCAGGUUUAUGGCAUUGAAAUUCCAUCUGCUCCACGAUGAUGGGGCAAAGAAGAGCAGAACUGGAUGGUUGGUGAUGCCCUUAUUUCCAUAAAUAUGUAUAUCAAUAAAGUCUGUUUCCAAAGAUCAA